AUGCCCCGCGCCCCGGCCCCGCUGCUGCUGCUGCUGCUGCUGCUGCUGCUGGCGGCGGCCCCGCCGCACGGCGGCUCCGAGAGCCCCAAGGGGAAGCAGAAGGCGCUCCGCCAGCGGGAGGUGGUGGACGUGUAUAAUGGCAUGUGCUUACAAGGCCCCAGUGGCGUUCCUGGACGGGAUGGAAACCCAGGAGCCAAUGGGAUCCCUGGGACACCUGGGAUCCCGGGGCGGGACGGGCUGAAAGGGGAGAAGGGCGAGUGCAUGCGUGAGAGCAUCGAGGAGUCCUGGACGCCCAACUUCAAGCAGUGCUCGUGGAGCGCGCUGAACUACGGCAUCGACCUCGGGAAGAUCGCGGAAUGCACGUUUACCAAGAUGCGCUCCAACAGCGCGCUCCGCGUGCUCUUCAGCGGCUCCCUGCGGCUCAAGUGCAGGAGCGCCUGCUGUCAGCGCUGGUACUUCACCUUCAACGGGGCAGAGUGCGCUGGCCCGCUGCCGAUUGAAGCCAUAAUAUACCUAGAUCAAGGAAGCCCAGAGCUGAAUUCUACUAUUAACAUACACAGAACUUCCUCAGUGGAAGGUCUGUGUGAAGGAAUCAAUGCUGGCUUGGUGGAUAUUGCCAUCUGGGUUGGGACGUGCUCAGAUUAUCCACGGGGAGAUGCUUCUACUGGAUGGAAUUCAGUCUCCCGAAUCAUCAUUGAAGAACUGCCAAAAUGACUUCCCUCCCUUUUUAUAAUACCUUUUUAAAAAAUUUUGUACUAUUUUUUUCAGAAUUUAUUUCAAUAGAGUUGGAUGCAAGUACUGGACUGAAAGGCACCAAAGCUUUGCAUCUGUAGCCUUUGUCUUGUUUUGCACAUGGCAGAGGCUUUUUAUAAUAAUCAUUUUAGAAUACAAAUAUCAAAACCAAGUUCAUUAACAUUUUAAU